AUGCCAUUUACCCUCAACUUCACCAUCACCAACCUGCGUUACACCUCAGAUAUGGGGUACCCAGGCUCCUGGAAUUUCACUUCCACUGAGAAGGCCCUGAAUCGCCUGCUGCGACUCUUGUUCAAGAACACCAGUCUUGGAUCCAGCUACUCUGACUGCAGGCUGACCUGGUUCAGGCCAGAGAAGAACGGGACAGCCACUGGAGUGGACACGGUCUGCACAUACUCUCCUCACCCCAUGCACCCCAGUCUGCAGAGAGAGCAGCUGUACCGGGAACUGAGCCAGCUGACUGAUGGUGUCACCCGACUGGGCCCCUUCACCCUGGACAGCAGCAGCCUCUACAUCAACGGUUACAACCCCGGAUCCUGGACUCCUGCCACCAGCAGUGAGUACUCCUCCCCUCCCUCCCUCCCUGCUGCCUCAUCUGCAGUGCCUCUGAUGGUCACUUUCACCCUUAACUUCACCAUCACCAACCUACAAUAUGAACAGGACAUGCUGCUCCCGGGCUCCCGGAAGUUUAACAGCACAGAGAAGAUCCUGCAGGGUCUGCUCACACCUUUGUUCAAGAAGAGCAGCCUGGGACACCUCUACUCUGGAUGCAGUCUGGUGUCGCUCAGGUCCGAGAGGGACGGGGCGGCCACCGGAGUGGACACCAUCUGCAGACAUCGCCCUGACCCGGAAGGCGUGGGACUGCACAGGGAGGAGAUAUACUGGGAGCUGAGCCGGCUGACACACGGUGUCACUUCUCUCGGACACUACAGCCUGGACAGGGAGAGCCUCUGCGUGGAUGGUUUCGCGGGCAGGAAUUCGGCCACCACAGCCAACACUCCCGAGACCUCCACGGGGGACCUGGGAAUGUCUGGGCUUCAAUCCUCCUCUCCUGUCCCUGUGGGCACUGCCCCGUUCCUCGAGGUACCCUUCACCCUCAAUUUCACCAUUGUGAACCUGCGCUACGGGGCUGAAUUGAGUCGCCCUGGCUCCAGGAGCUUUAAGAGGACAGAGAAGAUCUUGCAGAAACUGUUUGGGUAUUUGUUCAGGAACACCAGCAUCGGUGCCCGGUACUCUGCCUGCACACUCACCUCGCUCAGGUCGGAGAAGGAUGGAGCAGCUACAGGUGUACACUCCAUCUGCACCUACCGCACCAACCUCACGGGCCAUGGACUGGACAGAGAGCGGCUGUACUGGGAGCUGAGCCGGCUGACCCAUGGCGUCACCAAGCUGGGCCCCUAUGCCUUGGACCAGGCUAGUCUUUACGUCAACGGUGAGCAGUGGCUGCCAGUGCUUUGCUGUUACACCCACCAGACCCUGGCCACUACCCCUACGACUUCCAUGGUGGCCACCCUGUCUUCAGAGAUGUUGAUCUCCUCACCAUCAGCAGCUGCCAGUCCUGCACUGGUCCCCUUCACCCUCAACUUCACCAUCACCAACAUGCCCUACAUCGAGGACAUGCAACCCGGCUCUGCCAAGUUCAACUUCACACAGUCAAUCCUACAACGCCUGCUAAGGGACCUGUUCACCACCAGCAGCCUGGGCCCACUUUACACUGGAUGCAGACUGGCCACCCUGAGACCUGAGAGAGGUGGAACGGCCACCGGAGUGGACGCCAUCUGUAGCCACCAUCCCCAUCCUGCGGGCCGUGGACUGGACAGGGAGAAGCUGUACUGGGAGUUGAGCCAGCUGACUCAUGAGGUCUCCCGGCUAGGCCCUUACAUCCUGGACAGAGAUCACCUCUACGUCAACGGUUACACCAGGCCACUCUUGACCGCUGUCCCCAGUGAUUUUCCUAUAGGGGCCAGCCCAACCCUGACGCCCUUCACCCUUAACUUCACCAUCAGCAACCUGAGUUACGUGGAGGGAAUGCAGCGCCCAGGCUCUAGGGAAUUCAACAGAACAGAGAAAAUUCUCCAACGCCUGCUAUGGUCCUUGUUCAAGAGUAGCACGCUCGGCCCCCUCUACACUGGCUGCAGACUGACCUUGCUCAGGCCCAGGAAGAAUGGGACAGCCACUGAAGUAGGCGCUGUCUGUACCUACCGCCCUGAUCGCAUGGGCCCCAAACUGGACAGAGAACAGCUGUACUGGGAGCUGAGCCAACUGACCCAGGGCAUCACCCAGCUGGGCAACUACACCCUGGACCAGGACAGCCUCUAUGUCAACGGUGAGCAGUCACCAUCCAUACUUUGCCCUUCUCUGUCUCCUUGAAGCUGUCUCCAGCUCCCAGCAGCUCCUCUCUCUCCUUCCCUCCACUCUGCAGCCACAGCACCAUCCCUGGUGCCGUUUACCGUCAGCUUCACCAUCACCAACCUGCCCUACACAGACGACAUGCAGUCCUCAGGCUCCUGGAAGUUCAACAGCACGGAGGAGGAGCUGCAGGGCCUGCUUGGCCCCCUGUUCAAGACCACGAGCAUCGGCCCCCUGUACUUGGGCUGCAGAAUCACCUCGCUCAGGCCCAGGAAGAACGGGACAGCCACCGAAGUGGGCGCUGUCUGCACCUACUGCCCUGACCGCAGGAGCCCCAAACUGGACAGAGAGCGGCUGUACUGGGAGCUGAGCCAACUGACCCAGGGCGUCACCCGACUGGGCAACUACACCCUGGACCAGGACAGCCUCUAUGUCAACGGUUAUACCCACCGGAGCACAGUAUCCAGCCCCAGUGCGCCGGGACCACCCUUGGUCCCAUUCACUCUCAACCUCACCAUCACCAACCUGAAGUAUGUGGACGGCAUGCAGCCUGCAGGCUCCUGGGAGUUCAACAUCACCGAGAAGGCCCUGCAGCGCCUGUUUGGUCCCCUGUUCAAGAUCACCAGCAUUGGCCAUCUGUACUCAGACUUCAGACUAAUCAUGCUUAGGCCCUGGAAGAACGGGACAGCCACUGAAGUAGGCGCUGUCUGUACCUACCGCCCUGAUCGCAUGGGCCCCAAACUGGACAGAGAACAGCUGUACUGGGAGCUGAGCCAACUGACCCAGGGCGUCACUCGGUUGGGCAACUAUACCCUGGACCAGGACAGCCUCUAUGUCAACGGUUACACCCACAAGACUGCAGCACCUGUUUCCAGUGCCCCAGGGCCACCCCUAGUGCCGUUCACCCUCAACUUCACCAUCAUCAACCUGCCUUAUGCAGAGGGCAUGCAACCUCCUGGCUCCCAGAUGUUCCAAAGAACAGAGAAGCUCCUGCAGCGGCUGCUCGGACCUCUGUUCAGGAACUCCAGUGUCGGUCCUCUGUACCAUAGCUGCAGGCUGGUCUUACUGAGGCCCAGGAAGGAUGCGGCGGCCACAGAGGUGGGCGCUGUCUGCACCUACUACCAUGAACCAACAGGCCCCCAGCUGAACAGAGAACAGCUGUACUGGGAGCUGAGCCAGCUGACCCAGGGCGUCACUCGGUUGGGCAACUACACCCUGGACCAGAACAGCCUCUAUGUCAACGGUUACACUCAUCAGAAAACAACCAUUGCCACCACCCAUGCCACCCAACCACCUCCGGCAGCAUCCUUCACUCUGAGCUUCACCAUCACCAACCUGCCCUACGCGGAGGCCAUGCAGCCUCCAGGCUCCCGGAAGUUCAACACCACAGGGAGACUCCUACAGCACCAGCUGGACCCCCUGCUCAAAAACACCAGCAUCCUCAAUGCCCUGUACUCUGGCUGUAGACUGAAUAUGCUCAGGCCCGAGAAAGAUGGGACCGCCACCGGGGUAGACGCUACCUGCACCUACCGAGUCCUCUCUACAGACCCUGGGCUGGACAGAGAGCGGCUGUACUGGGAGCUGGAGCAGUUGACCCAUGGCAUCACCCAACUGGGACCCUACACCCUGGAUCCAGGCAGCCUCUAUGUCAGCGGCUAUACCCGUCCAGCCUCCGGCACGACCCCUGAAACCACCCCUCUAAGCCCGCUCCCCUUCAGCCUCAACUUCACCAUCACCAACAUGCGCUACACACAGGAGAUGGGGCACCCAGGUUCUUCAGGGUUCAACGCCACCAAGAGGAUCCUACAGCACAGGCUCAACAUCUUAUUCAAUAAAACCAGCGUUGGCACCUUCUACACUGGCUGUGACUUGACAACACUCAGGUAAGAGACCCCUGGGGCAGCCACUCGUGUGAACUUCAUCUGUACCUUCCACUCUGAGCCCUCGCACCCUAGGCUGAGCAGAGAGCAGCUAUACUGGGAGCUCAGCCGGGAGACCUAUGGCAUCACCCAGCUGGGGCCCUUCGCCCUGGACAAGGACAGCCUCUAUGUCAACGAUUACACCUAUGGCGCUAUGGCCCCGACUACCACCACUGGGGAUAUCAACGAGCCCUUCACACUGAAUUUCACCAUCAACAACCUGCGUUACUCAGCCCUCAUGGGCCGGCCUGGCUCCCUGAAGUUCAACAUCACGGACAGCCUCAUGCAGCACCUGCUCAGCCCCCUGUUCCAGAGGAGCAGCCUGGGUGCCCGGUAUACUGGCUGCAGGGUCAUGGCUCUAAGGUCUGUGAAGAACCUUGCUCAGACACAGGUGGACUUUCUCUGUGCCUACCGGCGGCCCCCUGGCAGCCCAGGGCUGUCUGCUCAGCGGGUGUUUCAUGAGCUGAGCUGGCAGACCCGUGGCAUCAUGCAGCUGGGCCCCUACACCUUGGACAAAGACAGCCUGUACCUGGAUGGUUACAAUGAGCACGGCCCUGAGGAGCCUCCUACAACUCCUGAGCCGGCUACCCCAUUACCGACUUCUUUACCCACAUCUGUGCGACCAGAAGCCACCACAGUCAUAGGACACAACCUGAAGACCCUCACACUCAACUUCACCAUCUCCAACCUCCCCUAUUCACCAGACAUGGGCCGUGGGUCAGCCACGUUCAACUCCACUGAGCAGAACCUGCAGUACCUGCUUGGAUCCUUGUUUCACAACAGCAGCCUGGGGCCCUUCCACUCUGGUUGCAACCUGAUGUCCCUCAGGCCUGAGAAGGACAGCAUGGGCACCCAUGUGGACGUCACCUGCAGCUAUCGCCCCGCUCCCGUGGGCUUAGGACUGGAUGUGCGGCAGCUGUAUGCAGAGUUGAACCAGCUGACCCAGGGCGUCACCCAACUGGGCCUCUACAGCCUGGUCAAAGACAGCCUCUUUGUCAAUGGCUAUGCACCCCCAGACGUGGCACCCAUCCGGAGUGAGUACCAGCUCAAUUUCCACAUCAUCAACUGGAGACUCAGCGAUGCUGACCCCAGCUCUGCCGAGUACCUCGCCCUGCUGACAGACAUCCAAGACAAGGUCACCGCAGUCUACACAGGGAGUCAACUCCGAGAUGUGUUCCACUCAUGCCUGGUCACCAACUUGACGUCGGGCUCCGUGUUGGUCACUAUGAAAGUGUUCUUCUCAUCCUCCGACCUGAACCCCAACCUGGUAAAGCAAGUUUUUCUAGAAAAGACCCUGAAUGCCUCAUCCUGCUGGCUGGGAGCCACAUACCAGCUGACCGACCUGCAUGUGACAGAGGUGGAACCAACAGUUCAUCUCCCGACAGAAAAACCAACCAGCAGUUCCAACUUCCAGGAAUUCCAGCUGAAUUUCACCAUCACCAACCUGCUCUAUUCCCAAGACAUAUCCCAGGAAGGGAGUGCCAAACACCAGCGGAACAAAAGGAGUGUCGAGAACGCGCUCAACCAGCUCUUCCUGAACAGCAGCAUCAAGAGUCACUUUUCUGAAUGCCAUGUUGUUGCAUUUCGAUCCAUCGUCAACAGCAACCACACCAAGGUGGAUUCCCUGUGUGGCUUCUCGUUUUCGGGUCGGAUGUUGACCAAAGUCACCAUCUAUGAGGAAUUUUUGCGGAUGACCCAGAAUGGCACCAGGCUGCAGAACUUCACUCUGGACAGGCAUAGCGUCCUUGUGGACGGAUAUCCUCCAAGCAGAAAUGAUGCUGUGACUAAGAAUUCUGGCCUUCCCUUCUGGGCAGUCAUCCUCAUCUGUUUGGUUGGACUCCUGGGACUCAUCACAUGCCUGAUCUGCUGCUUUCUGGUGACCACCUGCCAGAGGAGGAAGGAGGCAGACUACGAGGUCCAGCGUCGUCCCCGUCUGAGCUACUACCUGCCACACUUGGACUUCAGGAAACUGCAAUGAGUACCCAAUGCCUGAGGACCCUGUGAGCCCGGCCAGGUCCUGGAGCGGUUUGGCUGGGGCAGAAAUAAACCACAUUGGUU